UCACACGCAUCUCCACCAUUUUCAUCAGCUCUCUCAAUCUCUCUGCAUCUCGCUGCUGGUGCUGCUCAGCUACCAUGGCUGCCUCCACAUUCCACUGUUCAACUUCGUUGCGCUCGCGUGCCCUACAGAACCCAAUGCUCUCGCCUUUCCUCUCCCACUCUCACCUAAACCCUUCGCCGAAUCUUUCAUUUCCUUUCCGGUUGCAGCCCAAAAGGGGACUUAUUGGCCUUCCAAAUGCUCCUCCUCGCAGCCUCACGAUCUUUUCUCUGCGCGAAUCCAAAGCAACAGCGGUUACCGGAGACUCCUGGGAGAAAUCAGUCAUCAACAGUGAAACACCUGUCCUUGUUGAAUUUUACGCGAGCUGGUGUGGGCCGUGUAGGAUGGUGCACCGGGUGAUUGAUGAAAUUGCGGUUGAAUAUGCUGGGAAGCUUAAAUGCUUUGUGCUCAACACAGAUGUUGAUCUGCAGGUUGCUGAGGACAAUGAAAUUAAGGCUGUACCUGUAGUUUUGCUGUUUAAGAAUGGGAAGAAAUGUGACACUGUGGUUGGUACCAUGCCCAAGGAGUUCUAUGUUGCCGCCAUUGAGAGGGUCCUGAAGUCGUAACCAUUCACCGAUUCGUGCCAGAGAAGUUGACAACAAUCAUCAGUAGAGCUGAUUUCUCACUUCCUACUACUUGAGUAUUCAAAUGGGAUUAUACAGGUUGUACAUAUAUCUUAGACAUAUGCCUAGUUCCUUACCAGUUUAGGUCUUACUUAGUUUCCAUCGUUUCUUGCACCUUCUCUUUGGCAUUGUUAUAUUUGAGGCAUUGGCUGAAAAUAGUGAGACAUUUUUGUAACUAAAAGUUUGCUGAUUGUUCAUCCCCAGUUUAUUGGCUUGAACAGUGUUUGGUGAUAGUAGAGUUAAUGAUUCAUUUGAAACAAAAACAAGGUUGAUAGUUGA